AUGAAAUCUUACAGCUUUAGGAUGAAAAGAGGAGCCCUUCGACGGAGGGCUAGGGAUGUCUCUCUUGUGCUUGUUGUGCUUCUCUGUGCAACCGUAGUCAUUUGGACAUGGGAUAGAGCUCCAACCUCCGCCUUUCUUCCGCCUGAGAGUCACUAUCUAAAGCUGCAAACAGAAGAAAAAGUUGAGAGAAUACCUACUGACACUAAAGACAUCUACUCAUCAGCUACUCCAUUUGUAAACAAAGAUACAAAAGAAGAAGAGAUACAAGGGGAAGAAGUUACUCUAAGUGAGACGAAUCAAGGGAAGACACCAACUAUUGAAGAAAUAAAACAAGAACAUGAAGAUAUUGCAACUGAGCCAAUAUAUAGGAAAACACCAGCUAUUGAAGAUAAUAAAUUAGAACAGGUGAAACAUGAGGUUCCUGUUGGUGAGGCAAAAGCUACGAAGAAGACACAUAUUAAAAAGACUAAUUUAGAUCCAGAGAGUAAGAGUCUUGCAGCAGACGAAGAGAGGACUUCAACAACUCACAUCAAGAGUCAAGCUUGUAAUUAUGCGAAAGGGAAAUGGGUAGUGGACGAUCACCGUCCUUUGUACUCAGGAGCUCAUUGCAAACAGUGGCUUGCUUCAAUGUGGGCUUGCAGGUUGAUGCAACGUACAGACUUUGCCUUUGAAAGGUUAAGAUGGCAGCCUAAAGAUUGCUCUAUGGAAGAAUUUGAGGGUUCCAAGUUCUUGAAGAGGAUGAAGAACAAAACUCUAGCCUUUGUUGGAGACUCGUUGGGAAGGCAACAGUUCCAAUCUAUGAUGUGUAUGAUCACAGGAGGCAAAGAGAGGCCCGACGUCCUUGACGUGGGACCAGAGUUCGGCUUCAUUACUCCCGAAGGUGGAGCUCGUCCUGGUGGAUGGGCUUACAGAUUCCCGGAAACCAACACAACGGUCCUCUACCACUGGUCAUCUACGCUCUGCGACAUACAACCGAUCAACAUCUCCGACCCUUUAACCGAACACGCUAUGCAUCUCGAUCGCCCACCGGCGUUCUUACGCCAAUACCUUCACAAGAUCCACGUCUUGGUAAUGAACACAGGUCACCACUGGAACAGAGGGAAGCUCAACGGUAACAGAUGGGUGAUGCAUGUGAACGGCGUUCGCAACACCAACAAGAAACUAGCCGCUCUUGGGAACGCCAAGAACUUCACAAUCCACAGCACGGUUAGCUGGGUUAGCUCGCAGCUCCCUCUCCAUCCAGGUCUCAAGGCCUUCUACAGAAGCCUUUCGCCGAGGCAUUUUGUCGGCGGGGAAUGGAACACAGGAGGGAGCUGCAACAACACAACACCAAUGUCUAUCGGGAAAGAAGUUCUGCAAGAGGAGUCUAGAGAUUACAGCGCGGGUCAUGCAGUGAAAGGCACAGGGGUAAAGCUUUUGGACAUCGCAGCGUUAUCUCAUAUUAGAGACGAAGGUCACAUAUCCCGGUUUAGUAUCUCGGCUUCACCGGGAGUUCAGGAUUGCCUCCAUUGGUGCUUGCCCGGUGUUCCUGAUACGUGGAAUGAAAUCCUUUUUGCUAUGAUUUAA